GCGGUCGGCAGCGGAGUGACAAAAGGACCGCAGGACGAAGUGUUGGGACGGACACGCCUUUCAGCAGACAGAUAUCGAGUCGAUACGGAGCGCUGUGUGUCCGAGAAGGUGCGAAACGCUGGUCGGCAGAAUGAACAAGUCGGUGGGCCGAGGCAGGGGCAGCCUGUACUCGUCGCAGAGCAGCGUGGCGCCGCUGCGGCGCCCUGGCGAGUCGCUGCGCUCGCCCGACGGCCUCAAGAGCAACCACAGCCUGCAGGACGUGAUGGUCGACUCGCUGAUGGAGGACCUGCAGUCGUUGACGCUCGACGACAAGGCGCUCGCCGCCAAGCAGCUCAGGGUGCUCGAGGAGUCCUUCAGGGACUUUGUCCGCAAUGAGGAGAAGCUCAAGCUAGUAGUCCGUGCCUUGCACGACCGGAGUCUGGACAACAGGCACUUCGGCGCCAGGGCGGCCCGUCUCUGCGCCGCCCUUUACAUGUUUGAGACUGAGGGAGUCGCCCUGAGACGAAUCCUACUAGAAACUCUGCAGGCCGACUUCGAACGUCGUGAAGAGAUACGUGCCGAGGGACUGGAGAGCUUGACCAAUGCUAUAGAGUUGGUGGGUAAUGCCUUAAACUGCAUCCAGCUGCCUAAUGGCUCAAGGGUCAAAAUCCUCGCGUACGCCCUUCUGGAUUACUUGUUUGAGCUGCUCGAGGACACUAACGAAACUUCGCUGCGUGCCUUCACUGUGCAGCUCGCUUUGAGUGGUGCCGUGCUGAGUGAAAUGCUGGCCGACAAAGUGAACGAGGUGAUGUUCAAGGUGCGAGAGCGGCUGGCUAAGGCUGCGUUCAAACGCGAGUCCUCGGCCUACUGGCUGCUGCUGGCGCUCGACCUGGCGCACCACAAGUGGGCGCCGCUGCCGGAGCCGCUCGCCACCUUCUAUGCGUCGCGCCUCGGCGGCAAGAACCAGGUCAACCAACUCGCCGCCGCCUCGGUCGCAAUGACACCUUCAAGCACAACCUCGUCGAGUUCGCAGUCGUCACACAAAUCAAGCAGCAGUGGCGGCGGAGGCGGCAAGAAGGACCUGGGGAAGGACUACUGGCAGCAUGACGACCGAGUACUGAAUGACAAGCCUCCCCAAGGGCGUCCCUUGCACGGCCGGAACAAGGACAAGAACGACUCGUCGCACUGGAACUGAUCGAAGCUGACCACCCGACCGCCUGCCUACGCACAAAUUUAAUCAACCAAAAAUGAACAGACACUCUUUUGUACAAGAGACUUUUUUACAAGCAAAGUGUCACUUCGGGGAAAUCCGCCUACCUGGGGAAGCUUGCUAAAAAAGACUGGCUUCUCAAAGCGCUCUUUUUUGCAACUCGAUUGGACGUGUACCCCGUAAAUAAAAUUUGAUUGUCGCCGGUUGCAAAAAAGGGUCAUUCUGCGUACUAGUUUGUUGCUGAGGAGGAAAAGGGUCUGUAGCAGAACCCAUCUCGCAUUCUAGUUGACUGUUGUUUAGCCAGAAACUGAUGCGUGCGCCACCAUCCAGCAACAGUUUUAGAUGUGAUAGCUGAAGGAUGGAGUGUCAUUUGUUGUUUUUGAUGUGCUCUAUUGCGCACAACACGGUUGUCAAAGAUUCAUUUGUCUCUUAAUUGCUUUUUUAUUAAGAGCUCGCAAUGAUUCCAUUUUAAUUUUUAUACUUUUUAACUGCUAUAUUCCUGUUCAAGCACUAUUUUUAUAGUGUGGAUUUUAAUCGGAGCUACCUAUUGUUAUUAUUUUACUUGCGACCGCAGUUAUACAGAUACCAAAAAAGCAGCUUGGUGUCAUUUUGUUUGUUGAUCAUAAGACAAUGUUACUUUGUCGACUCAUGUUAAAAUUAAGUCUGUGUGACCCCGGUGCAGAAAUUCAUUAUUGCUUUGUCAGCGUUCUCAGUGCAAAGCGAAUUGAAUU